GGGAAGAAAGGCAGAGAAGGACGGAGAGGUUGUUUUUAUACUGCAAGAAGAGUAAACUCACCAAAUACUCUGUAACCUCCGACUAAAGCUGCGACUAUGAGCACCUCGGGGCUUCAGGCCACGAACCAGCAGAAUGUGAAGGAGCUCGACAGCAUGAAGGAGUCCAUCAGCGACAUCAUCAACCAGCUCCAGGACAUCGACCCGACCAGACUCUCCUUCUCCCCUUUCCUGGACCUGGACACUCAGAUCUCCUUGGCGCCGGUAUCAGACAGUCCCGAGUCCUCGGUGGAGGAGCUGCACUCGUCCUCCCACUCCGUCUGCGGCUCCCAGCGCUCCCUUGAACCGCCACCAGCAACUAGUCAGCCAAGGAGCUCUGCUCCCUGCCACCAUCAGCCUAACGACGACCUCCCAGAGGAGCCACGUGGAGAUCAGACAGAGGGCGGGGAGCUGGAUACAACUCUUUCCAGUCCGAUCAUCACAGCGCACAAUUUGGACGACGCCAUGGAAAACUGCAUCAGCCUUCCAACCCCCGCCUCUCAGGGAGACCUUCCCAACGGCACAGACACACCGAGAUGGAGUCCAGAAUCCACCAAUCUGGACUGCACCGUGGACGAGGGUCGGCCUCUGAUAGGUCCUCCGCCGGAGAGCGUGGAGCUGACUGUGUGGAGCUCAGAGGGCCCGGGAGAGACUUGCGAGGCCGCAGACGACGCUUCAGAUCGGGGACAGUGUUGGUGCCGCUGCUGCCAGUGUAAAUGCUGUCAGAGCGGCCGAGUUCCUGCUUUCUUCUCAGUCCUGGCCUCUCUCUUGUGUGCAGCCGGGAUCCUCUAUGCACUCUAUUUCUAUGUCCCCAUGAGACCCCCAGACUGCCCCGAUAUGGCCAGCCGCAUCGUUUUCACUCUCUGCUGCUGCGUGGUGGCAGCCGUCCCCAUCCUGCUUGCGAUGCUCAUGGGAGCAGCGUGCCAGUUCUGCACAGCCUCCUUCGGUCUGUGGGAGUCGUUUCCAAGGAGGCGGGCGGUGCACCAGCUGUUCGUCACGGCGUCCUUGGAGCAGUUACUCCUCUACGUCCUCAACCUCGUGGUCAUGGCCGCUUUACUGCCUCAAGACCAGCUGAAGUUGGUGCCUAUACUGGUCUUCAUGUUCAUCUUUGGAAGGCUUGUUUACUGGAUCAGCCUGAACGCGUGCAGCUCCUGGCGGGGCUUCGGCUCCGGCCUGACCGUCUUCCCGCUCCUCGCCAUGGUGGCUCUCAAUCUGUUCCUCAUGUACACCCUGAAUCUCAAAGAGCCAAUUUUUGUCUCUCAGGAUGUCCUCUAUAAUCAGGUCACCCCCUCUUCCUGGUCAGGGGAGACAUCACAGAGCCCGAGUGGCAAACCAGACAUCCUACCCACAGACAUCCUGGUCGCUCAGUGAGGAGGCGAGCUGCGCUUUCUUCUUUCAGAGGAGGAGAUCUUUUCCCAAAAUAGGCCAUUCCUGUGGUUUCCAGCUCAGCACAGCAACACACGCUGCCACUAUAACCUCCAAGUCUGUGACAACUUGUAUUUUUGCUCCUCCUAUACAGGACUUUUUUUUGUGGAUACAUGCUUAUUAUCUGAAAUGCAAGAGCUUUUUCCCUGCUAGUGGCGGAGCACGCCUUUGAACAAUGCUGUAGUCUUAAAACAUUUGUCUGUUAAGCUAUUCCAGUGCCUAUGUUUAAUGUUUUGAACUCUGAUGUACUUAAAAGCUCUGCUAUAUAUACGGCUAAUUUGGUUUGACCUAAAAAACCACAAGCAAAGCAACUGCAGUUGUCAGACUUUAUUAUUAUUUUAACUUGUCCAAAAAGUUUGUACAUGAUGAAGACAGAAUA